AUGAGAAACAUCUCCAAUCUAAUUAUUGAAAAUCCCUCCAGGGCAAAGUUUAGAUCCUUAAAAAAGGACAACAAAACGUUUAUUAAUAAGCUGCUGCAUUUCGAUGGAUCGGAUGUUGUCCUGAGGUGCCUUGGGUUCGAGGAGGAUGAAGAAAAAUGGUUCUUUCCCGUGGCGAAUGACGACACGCUGACAAGGAACCUGAGCGAAAUCCAAGGCUUCGUCAAGGACAACACAUAUGUGUCACACAAGUCGGAGUCCGUGUUUGAACAGAGCCAGUCGAGCCACGUGAAGAACUUUCGAAAUUCCCUAAACGGCCACAGCCACAGCCACGGCCACAGCCACAGCCACAGCCACAACCACAGCGAUAAUCACAGCCACAACCACAGCGACAACCACGGCCCCUCUUCCAAUCGAAACGACAAUGAAGAAACGAUAAAAAAUAAUCCUGAUGAACUCAAGUUAGGAGGUCUCUCAAAGAGAAGACUGGAAAAGGAAAGAUUGGAACUGCUAAAUGAAAAUGAAAACACAAUUAAAUUAAUACAAGAAUAUUCAGAUAAAUGGAUCAUACAAAUUAAGGGUGCAGAAAAUACCUUGUACUCAAAUGAAACCUUUAAAAUGCAAUUUAAGUUUACUGAGAAGUAUCCAAUAGAAAGCCCAGAAGUGAUAUUCAUAGGAGAGCCGCCAAUCCAUCCACACAUUUACAGCAACGGGCACAUCUGCCUGUCAAUUUUAUAUGAUCACUGGUCUCCUGUCCUGUCAGUUAAUUCAAUAUGCUUAUCCAUCAUUUCGAUGCUUUCAAGCUGCACAAAAAAGAGAAAGCCAAUCGACGACAUGCUCUACUGUUCUGCUGGGCCAAAAGUUUCCCCAAAAAAUAUGAGGUGGAUGUUUCACGACGAUAAGGUGUAG